AGGAUUGGCCACAGACAGAGCUCAGGAGGGGCUGGUGUGCAAGCCCAGUCAGAACUUUCAACAGGUGCUUGCUGGAAGGCACAGUCAGUCAGAGACACACAGAGGGUGAACGUUAAAACAUCAGAGAUAUAUCUUCUAUCUUCUGCAGCAAGGUCAUGCUCACCAGGCUAGGUUGGCUCGUGCUGGGGGCGCUCUCCCAGGUCACGCUGGCAGAAGUGUCUGAGAAAGGAGUCACAUUUAGCCACGUGUACAAGAUUGAUUCUGAUUGUAAGCAGGGCUCACAGGCUGUUCUGCUGACCCAGGACCAGGCCUCAGGUGGUCAGGUGUUGACUGUGAACGGGGAAAAUGACAUCAUCUUCAAGCACAACAUUCAGCUAGUGUCAGGUGGCUGCGGCUGUGCGGACUCUGAGGACUUCAAGGCCCUGCUGUAUCGUGUUAAUGGUCUUGAGGAGGAGGUGACCUACUUGAAAAACCAAUGCGCUCAGGGCUGCUGCAAAGGAGGCUCAGGUGUGGAUACCAGCUGUAGUGGGCAUGGCACCUACCAGCAUGACCUUUGCAGCUGUAAAUGUGACCCAGGCUGGGAGGGUCCAGACUGCUCUGUGUCCUCCUGCCCUGAUGACUGUAAUGAUAACGGCUUCUGUGUUGAUGGUCGUUGCAUCUGCCAUGCCGGCUACACUGGACACGACUGCAGCCUGCUGUUGUGUCCCAGCAACUGCAAUGACAAGGGCCAUUGUGUAGAUGGCAAAUGCGUGUGUUUUGAGGGCUUCUCUGGGGAUGACUGCAGCACCCAGCGAUGCCCAGGUGACUGCAAAGACAAUGGCCGAUGUGUGGACGGACAGUGUGUCUGCGAUGUGGGCUUUGUCGGGGCUGACUGCUCUAUGGUGCUGGGUCCACAAGGUCUGCGUCUGAUCACGGUGACGGAUGUGUCUCUGCUGGUGGAGUGGGAGCACGUGAGAGGUGCUGAGUAUUAUGUGCUGUCCUACUACCCUGAAGGAGAUGAGAGAGCCAUGCAGGAGGUACAAGUGCCAAACACAGAAAACUCCUACCUGAUCACUGGCCUCAAACCUGGAGUCACCUACAUUGUGCAGGUGUACGCUGUCAUCAAGGGCAUCAGCAGUGAGGCAGACCACAUAGUGGCCACCACAGACUUGUCUGGUGUAGAAGGAAUUCGUGUGCUGGGCCAGACAGAGGACUCUAUCCAGGUGGACUGGCAGAACCCAGAAGCUGAGGUAGACUUUUUCAAACUGCGCCAUGCUAGCUCUGAUGGCCAAGAGGAGCAGGAGAAUGUGGCCAGGAGUCAGGAGGCCAGGACCAUGCACACUAUUGUAGGCCUUAACCCAGGAACAGAGUACCAGAUAUCAGUGCAGGCCAUCAAAGGAAGUAGCGAGGGCAAGGCUUCUCAUGCCACAGGAGUCACAGAUAUUGAUGCUCCGAAUAACCUGGUCACCAGAGAGGUUACAGAGAACUCAGCAACUGUGACAUGGGACAGGGUCCGUGCUGAGAUUGAUGGUUAUAUGUUGAGCUACAGCUCUCCUGAGGGCACCAGCCGGGAGAUCCAAGUAGGAGCAGAUGCUACAUCCCACCAGCUGAUCUCUCUGCAGCCUGGUGUCCUAUACACCAUUUUCAUCUGGGCUUACAAGGGUGCACGCUCCAGCAGAAAGAGCUCUACAGAGGCUGAGAUGGAACUAGAUGCUCCUACUAACCUCUUGGCAAGAGCGGUGACGGAGAACUCAACACUGGUGUCGUGGGACAGAGUCCAAGCAGAAGUUGAUGGCUAUAUGCUGAGCUACACUUCUGCUGGUGGCUCCAGUCAGGAGGUCAGAGUGGGAGCAGACAGCACCUCCUUUAGGUUCACUGGUCAGAGGCCUGGAGUCAUCUAUACAGUCUACGUCUGGGCCAUUAAGGGCUCUCGCUUUAGCAGAAAAGCUGUGACUGAGGCUGAGACAGAAUUAGAUGUUCCUACUAACCUCUUGGCCAGAGAGGUGACUGAGAACUCUGCGUUGGUGUCGUGGGACAGAGUCCAAGCAGAUGUUGAUGGCUACAUGCUGAGCUACAGCUCUGCUGAUGACUUCAGUCAGGAGGUCCAAGUGGCAGCAGACAGCAGCUCCUAUAGUUUCGCUGGUCUGAGGCCUGGAGUCACCUACACAGUCUACGUCUGGGCCAUCAAGGGCUCUCGCUCUAGCAGAAAAGCUGCAACAGAGACUGAGACAGAAAUUGAUGCUCCUAAGAAUCUGAAAGCUGCUGAUGUCAAGACAGACUCUGCAGCUUUAUCCUGGAAAACUCCUCAGGCUCGCAUUGAAGGCUACAUCCUCACCUACAGGCCAGAGGAUGGCAGCGUGCAGACAGUUGAGAAGAAGUUUACUGCAGGAGAGACCAAAUUGACCCUCUCUGGUCUAUCCAUGGGAAAAAAGUAUAUUGUGGCCCUCAAAGCCUACAGGGGCUCAAAGAGGAGUAAAGUGGUGGAGACCACAUUCAGUACCAUGGGUAUAGCUUACCCCUUCCCAAUGGACUGUACACAGAUCAUGAAGAAUGGAAACGUGGAGAGUGGAGUUUACACAAUCUAUGUAGCCAACAACCGCAGUAGACCAUUGCAAGUGUACUGCGAUAUGACAACCGAUGGCGGUGGCUGGAUUGUUUUCCAGAGACGCAACACUGGCAAACUUGACUUCAUGAAGCGCUGGAGACAGUAUAUGCAAGGCUUUGGGGAAAUGACAGAUGAGUUCUGGCUUGGUUUGGAGAAACUGCAUGAGCUGACCAACACUCCAACCCGAUAUGAAGUACGCUUUGAUCUGGGAAUAGGAACUGAACGCGCCUUUGCUGUCUAUGAUGACUUCAAAGUAGGAACAUCUAAGCAGAAGUUUAGGCUGACUGUCGGCAACUACAGAGGAAAUGCAGGUGAUGCCAUGACCUACCACCAGGGCAGACCUUUCUCUACAAUGGACUCAGAUAACGACAUUGCCUUGGGCAACUGCGCACUCACUCACCGUGGUGCCUGGUGGUACAAGAACUGCCACUUAGCUAACCUGAAUGGGAAAUUUGGGGACAACAGACACAGUAUGGGGGUUAACUGGGAGCCGUGGAAGGGCCACCUCACUUCACUGGACUUCACUGAGAUAAAGAUCCGUCCCGCAGGCACGGCCAGCCGAAAGAAGAGGUCACUCAAGAGGAUGGUAUCUGCCUAAUGACAGUCACGCGACGAAGCAAAAAUGGCACCAGGGCAGUAUGAUGAAUUAAAAGCAUCAUGUAGAAUCUCAUUCCAAAACAUCUCUUUUUCAAAUUUGGGUGGGAAAUGGUCUUUAUUUCUUAUCAGGAAAUUGACUCUCUAUGCUGCAAUUCAGAUACUGUGUACCUGUAUAGCUUUAGUACAUAAAAACAAAAGCCUAAUUAAAAAAAAGUGAAUUUGUAAAGUCUCAUUAAAUUGAGUAUAUAUACCAACUGUCAUUUAAUAAAGCAAUCUGCUUUGACAUCUUGUACAGUAUAGCAUCAACCAGUGAACCAUAGGUUGUUUUUUACAUUUAAAGAUAAAUGUGUCAUCUUCAGUGAUAAAAUCAGUGAUUAAUUUAUGCUACAUGCCACCUGUACCAUGUUAAUUAACUAUGCAUAUCAUAGUAGGAUCGUUCUAUCACCAUUUCUAUUUGUUUGACUGUUUUUCAAGUCCCUGAAAUAACAUUUUGUAGUUUUUUUACAAGGUAAAUAGUGCUAUGACAACAGUAGAUUCACAAGUUAGUUUGGCACAAAAUGUUGUACAAAAUGCAUUAAGCUCAUAAUAUUUUAAGUUUGGAUGAGUUCUGUAUUUGUACUAAAAUUG